AUGAAUUUGCUUGACACUGGUGCUCUUAGCUACUUCAAACUCUGUAUCAGGCCAGGCCCAACGGAGCACCGUCAACUUUUGGGGGCUUAUUGGGCUAAGCUGAUGAGAUUGCAAAGCUUGCACAGAGAGAUUCAAUCCCGAGAUCCUGUCACAUGCUGUGGGUCGAAGCUCAAUGCUAAAGUAACAAGCAAUGCCAUUAGGCAUUAUUAUAAUCCGAUGAUCCUAUGCCAUAUAUUUUCCUGGGGUUUGGGGCCUUCGCUUGUAUCGAAGGUACUGCCAGUGGAUGCCAUGAGUGAAGCCGGCUCAAACUCCAACUCUCAGAGAAGGGAAGAGCGGAAACGUGUGAUCAAUGUCCAAAUCCAAACAAAAGUUAAAUGGUUGAUGGGGGGACCAAGUGAUCUUUCGAGUCAGCAAUACGGCAUAGGGCCAUUAGUUACUCAAACUAAGAGGAAAAUUAGUAAUCGAUAUAAAUGGAUGAAAAAGGGUAGCUAG